ACAAAAUAGCGGCAUUUUGUGAUCUCGCGGUUCUUGCCAUUAUGUCACUCGUACUCUAACAUAAUAUAGCCGCAUUUUGUGUGUGUUAUUUGAGUGGGUAGACUGUGUACUGCCACUCUGCAGGAUGAUCUCGGAUCCGCUAGGCUGUCGGUGGUCUUCCCAGUAUCUGUGGGCAUUUGGUUGCGAGCGCAGUGGCAGACAGGGAGGAAAUCACAGCGUGUGUGGGUUAGGACUGUGAGAUUGCGCCGUGAAGACGCUGUCGUUGGCAGACUAUUCAGACUCACCGUAGCUACGAUGCCUUCGAAGGAGGACGUGCUCAUGGCCGGAGAUUAUCCACUUGAGGAUUAGGGAAGCUGAAUCGGACGAACCGUGAUCAAAAGUUGGAAGUGCGCUUGGGCGGUGCUUUCAGGAAGUUUGGACUAUGGCGGCUGUGGCACGGAGGUUCCAAGUUGAAGGCGGUACGAGAGGUUGCUGAACCUGCACUCAAUCAGCGCGAGGAUAAAGCAUCGUCUCUCAGCAGACGCCUGCCUCUGUCGAGUUGCGUUGAUGUUCAGAGGCGUGGGAACAGUAGAGACGGAAUGUAGCGCGAGAAAGGCCGGUGCACUAGUCGUGACGGGGAAGCGAGAGGUACACACUGCAGAGUCGGCAUCGGGAGCGGACGACGGGCAAGAAGAAUUCGAAGACAUAGAUCUGGGAUUCGCCAAACAGCAGCACUCGCGGUGGAAAAUGGCGGAGCAGACAGGCGGGGCGCGAGUGAUAAAAGCGGGAUUCAACCAGGACCACAGCCUGGUGGGGAUCUGCACGCGGGAGGGCGCCAAGAUCUUCGAUUGCGACACGGUGAGCUGCGUGUACGAGCACACGGAGGGCGCCUACAGCCUGCUCAACAUGCUCAACCGAACGAGCCUGAUCGCGGUGGUGGGCGCAGGCGAGCAGCCGGAGCUGUCACCGCGCAGGCUCAAUGUGAUCAACACGACGCGCGGCUCGAGGGUGGAGAUGAAUUUCUUCUCGGCGAUUCUUGCCGUGGGCAUGAAUCUCAAGCGCCUGGUGGUGGUGCUCGAGAAGAAGGCGUACAUCCACGAGAUGAGCAGCCUCAACUGCCUCGAGUGCCUCGACACCGUGCCCAACCCCAAGGGCCUGUGCGCCCUCUCGCCCAACGAGGACAACUGCUACCUGGCGCUGCCGGCGCGCACGGACGUUGGCGCCGUGCUCAUCCACGACGCGCUGAACCUGCACGCGCUCUGCCAGAUCCACGCGCACCAGUCGCCGCUGGCCGCCAUGGCCAUCUCGGCCGACGGCAACCUGCUGGCCACCGCCUCCAGCCAGGGCACCAUCAUCCGCGUGCACGUGAUCCCGCGCGCGGCCAAGGCCUACACCUUCCGCCGUGGCAGCGUACCCUGCGCCAUCUACUCUCUCUCCUUCGGCCCGCCUCAAGUCUUCCCGCAGCUGCUGGCCGCCACCGGGGCCUCCGGCACCGUCCACGUCUUCAAGCUCGGCCCGCUCGAGCGCCCUCCCCGCAGCCAGCUGGCCUCCAGUCUCCUGUCCGCCGUCAUGCCGCCCUCCAUGGCCGACAUGUACGAGCCCGAGCGCUGCUGCAUCACCAUCCACCACGGCUGCCCGCCGGGCGUCGUCAGUUACUGCGCCGUCGCCGGCCCCCCUCUCGAGACCGGCGACGACGGUCGCCCCUGCCUGCCGCGCUCCAAUCGGCCCCGCGUCUUCGUCGUUACCUCCGCCGGCUACUUCCACGAGUACUUCCUCAACCUCGGCUCCGGCCGCGAGCCCGGCAGCUUCACGCUCGAGCGCGAGUGCGCUCUCAUCAGCAAUCCCUGCGACCAGGUCGGCGCUCACUUCGUCUGAUCCGCGCCCCAGGUCUGUAUGCCGUCUCCCUCCCCCCUCUCAUCCGCUGCGGGAUCGAUUGCCGUCGACGAUCGUUCGAUGGCCACUUUGUAGAGCUAGCUGUGCAUAUCCGAUUUCUUGUAGGUCAUUCGAAUAAAGGACUUCCCGAGAAGUAGGUGUACAUAAUUACAUUUCUCCCUUCGGGCCGAAGCGAAGAUACUGGGGAGGAUGGUGCUGAGGAUUUUUAGCGUACAUAAAUAGAUAGAUAGAUACUUGGUUGGGAGAGCUGCUGAUUGAUUGGAGGCAGAGUUAGUUGUAUAGAGCCUCUGUGUUCGCCUAGAAAAAUUGGUUUGGAUCACCUUUGUGGUGGAUGAAUUCACACCACGCGGGAAGAAGCAUUUCUGAUCGUUCACUUCGCUCAACUUCCUGACUUAGCAGGAGUAGACUGCUUCGAACUCGCGGUGCCGAGUUGGUGGCGCAGGAUUAGGUAGGGAGACAUUCGAUUUAGUUUAACCUAUAAAGGCAGAAGCCGUGAAAGUUGUGGCGUCGACGCAGAAUGUUGUGUAUAGUCUUAUAUUUGCCCUCACUGGCUGUGAUGUGACGAGUCCGUAACGGUUGAGGUAGGGAGACUGUCAAUCUAGGUGUAUGAGAAGGCCAGAAUUGUUGUGGCGUUGGUGCAUCGGUGAACGUGUUCCUAUGGAACCGUUCACUGUGAUCACCAAAAAUUCAUUGUGUAUUUUAAACCUGGCCCACAAGAUUCAAGUAAAUACAAAUUAGUUGUAAAUUAUUGC